UUGUCCGAGAAACGAUGCCCGUAGCGAUACAGUAUUUGAUAUACGAUAAAACUCUAUUUAGGAAAGAAAGUAUACGUGCACUUAAUUGAUUGUGUACUUAUAAUCAGUGUCAAGCUGUGAUCGUAAUGAUUUUUUAACGAAAUGGAUGGAAGAGAUCUUAGUGGAUGGAGAUCGAAAAAUAUUGAAUGUUACAUGCUAUGAAUAUCUUAUUCGAUUUGAAAUAACUUUUCUGCUGAUGUAGGUAAAGAUCUCAUGAAAGACUGACUUCCACAUUAAUACAUAUUUAGCAACUUGUUUAAACUGAAGCUUGUUGAUGUUUUUGUUUUGUAGAGAUAUGCGAAAAACAAAACAUCCGGUGUGCAGCAGAUGUCACAAAUUUUUAAUUUAUUUGCAUCUUAUAUGGAAAGACUGGAAAAAUUUGCCAAAGCGAGAGAAAGUCAGUAAUGUUAUUUUAAAAUUAUGUAUAAGGAUUAAAAGGAUAUUCCUCUUAGGAGAGAUGAACGAUUGUCCCGGGUACAAGGCCGUGUUGCACAGUUAUGAAUGACGUGGUUGCAAGGUGGGGUGAGCGUGCACCAGCGUUGACUGAACCAGGACUGUGUGAGGUUGAAACGCACCCUCUGCAAACUCCCGAAAUAGGGGUCAAUCGAACACAGUCGAAUAUAACGUUCUUCAAGAACUCAGAAAAUUGCUUUCACAUAAAACAACACUGUUCCGGAUGAUAAAAACUAUGAUAAAAAUGUAAAAAAAAAAACAUUUUAACAUCAAGAGUAUAUCCGUCUCUCUCGAAUUGUCGCGCCGUUCCUGAGCACGUGGCCCGCGAUUGGCGCGUCGAGGAAGCGAUCGGGCACUUUCGGCGGCGCUAGACCAUCUCCGUCGCCCCACCAUCGCAAGUGCCUCUCCCAUCGAGGGCGAUUCUCAGAUUCGCGGUAGUAGUCGGUCAGUCGACGUUCAUAAAUGAUGACGUAAGGUCGCAGCUCGCAGCGAGCUGGCGAUUGGUGGUACGUGGUAACGGCCUGUCAGUGAACCUCGGACGGAGAUGGGGACGCAAAAGCCCGGAGAAUGGGCGAGUUUGGUGCUCACGCGUUUCGAGGAUCAGCUGCCAUGUCGUUCCGGUCCCGAAAGUCCUCACUCUCGAGUGAACGAGAAGAGGAGCCAGAAAUGCUUGAUAGAUAUCUCCCGGUACCGCUUCUCCCUCGUUAUAUCCGGCCUCACGAAGAUGCUGCAGCGCGUCAACGAGCUGACACCGAGCACGAGCGGGCAGCGUCCGUUUCACACCAUGGAUCAGGACCGGCAGGAGUCUAUCAUCAUCGUCCUGGACACGCUGGAGAAGUGCCUGGCGAACGCGCCGAAGGACACAACGAAAUUCGAGGAGGCGACGAACGUGAAACUGUUGCUUCGUGAAAUAUGCCAGUUUAUAGGCAUUCCGUACGAUAGUUCGCAGACGAAAAUGAUAAAGGAUCUGGCGUGCAAGGUACUGUUCGCUCUGAGCCAGAACUUCUUCAACGCGGUCUUCAAUCGGAUAUCGGCCAGACUGCAAGAACUGUCCAACAGCGGCGAGGAGAAUCCGGACUGCAGCGACAUCGAACUGAUGCAGUACAUCAAUGCCGACGUCCACAAACUCACUAGGCUUCUCAAGGAAACGAUACAGAAAAUCCGGCUGCUGAAGAAGUCGGCGCAUCUCGUUCUCAUGAACUCUCUGGAGAAGGCGAUCUGGAACUGGAUGGACAUCUAUCCGCAGGAGUUCGCCGAUCUGCAGAAGCAGCCUAACGAAGAUCUCAGUAAAGCGUGCGAGGAGUUGUUCGACAUUCUCGACACGUUCGUCGACGAGAAGAAGAAGAGCCGCGCCGCGGCGGUGUGGCCGCUGCAGAUAAUACUGCUGCUGCUCUCGCCGAAGGUGUUGGAGGAGAUUCUUCUGUUGAGCAGCGAUCCGACGUUCACCGGCGCGUCGCGGCACUCGAAGAAGAAGCAGUUCAUCGACAACGUGAAGCGCAAUAUAAAGAUGCACGGCAGCUCGUCCAGCCGGCAGCUGACGGAGGCCGCGGCGGUCGCGUGCGUCAAGCUCACGAAAGCGGCCACGUACAUCAAUAACGCGGAGUCCAACAGCAACGUCGUUCUGACGCUGGUGCAGCAGCUGAUGGACGAUCUGAUGCUGCUUAUCUUCAAUCCCUCGAAGCCGUUCUCCCGCGGGCAGAAUUACAGCGCGCAGGACGUCGAUCUCAUGAUCGACUCCUUCGUUAGCUGUUUCCGCAUCAAUCCGCACAACAACGAAGUAUUUAAGUUCUGCCUGAACGUUAACUAUCCGUCGUACCAGUUCGUCCUGGUCAGCUCGUUGUACAAAAUUUUUACGCAGCCGAGAUUAUCGUGGUGGCCGGAGAUCAGUCUUGUUUAUUCGUACGGCACAGAACUCAGAAACAUGUUCACCGAUACUCUGAACAAAGUGACGCAGAACUGCAUGUGGUACGCGCCGCUACGCACAACGUUGAUUCACAACUUUGGGCUGAAACCUAAAGAGGAGGUUAACUCUAGAAAUCUGUUGUUGAUGAUGGUGCGAUUGGUUCACGUGGAUCCCAUGUUAAUGCUGCACAGUUACGGUACGGCUGGUCAUGAAAUACAAAGGUCCACUUUAGAGUUGAUCAAUGGACUCAUCUCGCUGGUCCAUCAGCACACGAUGCCGGACAUCGCCCACGAAGCGAUGGAGGCUCUGCUAGUGCUGCACCAUCCAGACAAGGUUAAAGCGUGGAAUCCAGAAGCGCCGCUGUACACUUUCUGGGACGUUAGUUCGCAAGUCAUCUUCUCGAUCUCCGAGAAAUUGAUUCAGCAUCAGAUUUUCAACUACACGACCAUACUCAAAUGGCUGCGCGAGAUAUUGUGCUGCAGAAACGCCUUUCUUUCUCAGCACAAAGAUUACGCGAACGUGGGCAGCCAAAUCGCGAUCAGCAAACAAGCGCACAUUAAGCUCGAGGUCGUUUGCUUGAUGUAUUUAUGGAGUAUAGACAUAGAGGCUAUUCUGGUGUCCAUGUCUUGUUUCGCGCUGCUAUGCGAGGAAGCUGAAAUUCUUUGCGGGAGCGACGAGGUAGCAGUGACGUCUCUGCUUCCAAAUUAUCAGUUGUUUUCGGAAUUGGCGCAAGCCUCGGCCUUGAUCUCUGCCCACGGGGAGAGUAGGCUAUGUUAUCAGGAACAUAAUCAUGGACGUGCCGCACUGCAAAAGAAAAUAUUGUCCUUAUUGAAAAAGAUUGAGCAUUGCGUGAAUGGUGUGCAACCUGCUUGGGAGGAGACAUUCAAAAAUUGGGAAGCGAUCUCGCGGCAGUUUCUCGUGCCUACCAAAGUCAAGACCGAGGAUGCGCAGGCGGAGUCGUUCUGUCGCAGCACCGUGAAGCGGAAAACGGCGCACCAGAACUCAGAGCACGAAGUGGAGGAGCAGAUUAACGAGUGGGCCAACAUGACGGGAUUUCUCUGCGCUUUGGGCGGAGUGUGUCUGCAGCGUCGUUUGAGCAGACCGCCCGAGCUGCCGCCCUUUCCCGAACCUAAAAAGAGCUCGACGAAACAACAGGAACCUGGUUCGGUUUUAACGAAUCCCAAUCAAGACGCACAAUGUUCAGUGACGCAGUUUGUGCUGAAUUUAUUGCGAUUAUUAGUUUGCAACAACGAGAAACUUGGCAAUCAAAUUCAGAAGCACGUAAAGGAGAUGGUUGGGCACGAGAUGAGCCCCGCCCUGUAUCCGAUAUUGUUCGAUCAGAUUAAGAUUUUCGUGGAGAAGUUCUUCGAUCCUCGCGGACAAGUGAUAGUAUCGGACUUGAACACGCAAUUCAUCGAGCACACUAUAUUCAUCAUGAAGAAUAUUCUGGACUCGAAGACGGACGAGCCAUCAGAAUACCUCGGAAUGACCAGUAUCGAAGACAUAAUGCUGGCGACCGUUCGAUACGUCAGGCGUUUGGACAUGAUAGUGCACUCGAUAUGCAUUAAGACGAAAUUGUGCCAGCUAGUCGAAACCAUGAUGAAGAGACGGGACGAUUUGGCGUUCAGGCAAGAGUUGAAGUUCCGCAACAAACUCGUGGAAUAUUUGACCGAGUGGGUAAUGUGCGCGCCGCCAUCCUCAGCGAUAACUGCCAGUGAUAUCACAUCUUAUACUAAGGAUUUAGAUCAAGCUUGCAUGGAGGCUGUAGGAGCGUUAUUGCGUGGACUUCCUCUUCAGCCUGAGGAUUCUGAUCGCGCCGAUCUGAUGGAAGCGAAAUCCGAGCUGUUUUCGAAAUAUUUCAUGCUCUUUAUGAAAUUAAUAAAUGACUGCAAUAAACCGUCAGAGGACAAGGACGUUGUUUGCGAACAAUCGCCUGCUAUAGCGACUAAUAAGCUGACCACUUUGCGCAACACUACCAUUCAAGCCAUGAGUAAUCUUCUCAAUGCGAAUAUAGACAGCGGUUUACGGCAUUCGAUACAUUUAGGCUACAAUGCAGAUCUCCAAACGCGAGCUGCGUUUAUGGAAGUGCUGACUAAAAUCCUUCAGCAGGGAACGCAGUUUGACACUCUCGCCGAGACUGUUCUAGCCGAUAGAUACGAGCAGUUAGUCGAGCUUGUCACAAUGAUCAGUGAUAAAGGCGAGCUGCCUAUUGCCGUGGCACUGGCUAACGUGGUGACGACAAAUCAAAUGGACGAGUUGGCGCGUGUCUUUGUGAUAAUAUUCGACGCGAGACAUUUGUUGUCGCCUCUGUUAUGGAAAAUGCUCUAUCGAGAGGUCGAGCUAAUCGACGGCAUACAGACUCUUUUUCGCGGUAAUACUUUAGGAAGCAAACUCAUGUCCGUCUGCUUCAAAAUUUAUGGCGCCAGCUACCUGCAAAACCUGCUCGAGCCUUUCAUCAAACCUUUGCUGGACGAGCCAACGAUUAGUUUUGAGGUGGACAGUGCGAGGAUUGACCCGAACGAAAAUAUCGAACAAAACGGUGGCAACCUAAUUUUAUUGACACAAAAGGUGUUCAACGCCAUAAUCUCGUCGGCAGAUGCGUUUCCUCGGCAGCUGCGCUCGGUGUGUCACUGCCUGUAUCAAGUAUUAUGUAGAAGAUUCCCGCAAUCCAAGAGGGCCAACAUUGUGGCCGUGGGAACGGUGCUGUUUUUGCGCUUCAUCAAUCCUGCCAUCGUCUCGCCGCAAGAAAUGGGCAUUGUGAAUAAGCCGGUGCCGCUGCAGGUCAAGCGCGGCCUCAUGCUCAUGUCGAAGAUACUGCAAAACAUCGCCAAUCACGUAGAAUUCAGCAAGGAGCAGCACAUGCUACCGUUCAACAACUUUCUGCGAGCGCACUUCGAGAUCGGUCGGCGAUUCAUCAUACAAAUAGCGCUAGAUUGCGAAGUGCAGGACGACGAAACCAGCCAUCCUGUGUCCUUCGUGUCGGACGCCAACGUCUUGGCCUUGCACAGGCUGUUGUGGAAUCAUCAGGAGAAAAUCGGCGACUACCUCAGCAGCAGUAGAGACCACAAAGCUGUCGGAAGGAGACCUUUCGACAAAUUGGCCACGUUGUUGGCGUACCUUGGCCCGCCCGAGCACAAACCAAUCGAUUCCUACUCGCUUUUCUCGUCUUCGUACGUCCACAUGUGUUCACGAUGGACAAGUAAAGACAUAUCGUCGACCAAUUUUGAAGAGCUCAUGAUGAAGCUUAAUAUGCACGAGAGAGAGGACUUCAAAAACAUUCAGAAUAUGAACAUUUUUUAUCAAGCAGGCACCAGCAAACUAGGCUACCCAGUAUUUUAUUACAUUGCACGACGGUUCAAACCCAGCGAAGUAAACGGCGAGCUGCUGAUAUAUCACGUGAUCUUAACUCUAAAAUCGUAUUAUCAUGCUCCAUACGACCUAGUAGUCGAUUUCACUCACACGUGCGUGGACAACCGGUGCAGGACGGAGUUUUUACAAAAGUGGUUUUAUGUAUUACCGGAGCCGAUUUACGAGAAUCUCCACGCGGUGUACAUCUACAAUUGCAACAGCUGGCUGCGCGAAUUCACGAAAUAUCACGACAGCAUUCUAGCGCCGCUGAAGGGUAACCGAAAGAUGGUCUUCAUGGACGUUCAAGAGAGAUUGAACGACGUGAUCGACGCCGAGCAGCAGAAACUGCCCGGUGCGACGGUGUCCCUCGAGAAGGACUUGAAGGUCUUCACCAAUGUCUUGAAACUGUGUCACAAGGAAAUGAAGGUGUCGGUGAAGGUCGGGCCGACGACUGUGCAGGUAACUCACACGGAUAAAUACAAAGUGCUGUCGCACUACGUCGUCCUCAACGAUGUGUUUUACGCGUCUGAGAUCGAGGAAGCCAGUGCACUGGAAGACAAUCAAUUUUCGUUGACCAUCGCCAACGAGCCUACCAUAACCUUCGCCUACAACGACUGCGAGAACAUCGUGCAGGCGAUACGUCACAUCAAGAAUCGCUGGCAGCUGUCGCAUCCGGACCCGAUGUCCAUUCAUUCGAAAAUCAGGCCUAAGGACGUGCCCGGCACUCUGCUAAACAUGGCCUUGCUGAAUCUCGGCAGUCCGGACCCGAAUCUCCGAACCGCCGCGUACAAUCUCUUGUGCGCGCUCACGGCGACGUUCGGUCUGAAGAUAGAGGGCCAGCUGUUGGAAACGUCGGGUAUCUGCAUCCCGUCGAACAACACCAUAUUCAUCAAGCAUCUGAGCGAAACUUUGGCGGCGAACGAUCCGCAUCUCACGCUCGAGUUCCUCCGAGAGUGCAUACAAGGCUUCAAGGAGUCCACCAUCGAGCUGAAGCAUCUGUGCCUGGAGUACAUGACACCGUGGCUGAGCAAUCUCGUGCGGUUCUACAAGCCUCACGACGAGAGCGGCAAGCGGCAGAAGCAGGUGACGGAGAUCCUCGACGAUCUGAUCACGCUGACCGUGCAGGAGGUGGAGAUGUAUCCGAGCAUACAGGCGAAGAUCUGGAGCACGAUCGGCAUGCUGCCCGAGCUGAUAGACAUCGUCCUCGACAUUUUUCUGCAUCGCAGCGCGCAGUACGGAUUGGGCUCGCUCAUGGCCGAGAUCAUGGCGGACACCGCGGUCGCUUUGGCGUCCGGCAACGUGCAGCUGGUAGCCAAGAAGCUCAUCAGCAAGGUGUGCCGAAUAGUGGACAAGACCUGCAUGUCGCCGACGUCUCAGCUGGAGCAGCACAUAAUGUGGAGCGACAUAGCGAUCCUGGCGAGAUAUCUCCUGAUGCUGUCCUUCAACAACUGCCUGGACGUCGGAAAGCACCUGCCGUACAUCUUUCACACGGUCACGCUGCUCGUGUGCUCCGGUAGUCUCACCAUGCGAGCGUCCACUCACGGUCUGGUCAUCAACAGCAUCCACUCGUUGUGCACGUGCAGCUCGCCUUCGUUCUCCGAAAACACGUACAGGAUACUGCGAAUGAGUCUGGAUGAGUUCUCCCUGCCGAAAUUUUACCUGCUGUUCGGCAUCAGUAAGGUGAAAUCCGCCGCCGGCACGGCCUUCUACAAGCAUCCGACUGAGAAGUCGGAGAAGUCGGAGAAGUCGGAGAAGUCGUUGCUCAGCAACGAACGCAACAUGUUCAGCACGCAGGACAAAGAGAGACUGUACCUGACUAGCCUGGAGGUCAUAACCGACGCCCUCCUCGAGAUCAUGGAGGCGUGUAUGCGCGACAUUCCCAAGUGCGAUUGGUUGAAAACGUGGACGCUGCUGGCGAAGAACUUCGCGUUCAGCUUCAAUCCGGCGCUGCAGCCGAGGGCGCUCAUCGUUUUCGGCUGCAUCAGCAAAAGCAUAACGGAUCAGGACAUGAGGCAGCUACUGAAGAUACUGAUGAAGGCGCUCGAAAGCUUCAACGAUAUCAAUCUCAUGGAAGCCAUCGUCAUGUGCCUGACGCGACUGCAGCUUCUCCUCAGACCCAAAUCGCCAAUACAUAGGUACUUAUUCUGGGUCGGCACGUUCAUUCUCGAGUUAGAUGAAGCGGCUUUAUACGCAUCCGGCCUGGCUCUCCUUGAACAGAAUCUACACAUACUUGAUUCGCAAGGCACUUUUGACGAAAGGACGUUGGAGCACGUGAUGAUGUCAACGCGCGAACCUCUAGAAUAUCAGUUUAAGCAACUAGACCACUCUGUAGGCUUAUCUUUUAAAUCCAAUUUUCAUUUCGCGUUAGUCGGCCAUCUCUUGAAAGGCUACAGGCAUCCCACGCCGACUACGGUCACCAGAACAGUCAGAGUGUUGACCAUGCUGCUGGCGAUCGUGGCGAAGCCUUUCAAAAGGGACAAGUUCGAAGUAACACCCGAAAGCGUUCCGUAUUUGACUGCGUUAGUGGCUGUGUCGGAAGAGGUUCGCAGCAGGUGUCACAUCCGGCACUCGCUCGACAAGAAUUUGCACGAUUCGUCAGGUAAUUCGGACAUUCUCGACACGUUACCAUCGCGCAAUGUGGACAUACCGGGAACGUCGAAUCCUACGAAUAGGAGGCAGAAGACGUGGGACUUGUUGGAUCAGUCGGCGCUCACUCAAGCGAAAAAGACGAGCGAACAAAAGCAGCAGACUGCGCAGACUGGCCGGCUUUUAUUUAAAUCGCAGCGAUCCCUGAGCGUGCCGAGCACAAAGGAAGACAAGUCAGCGGACGACUCGGAGCAACAGACGGAUCGUAGCACUAGAGUGAGCCUGAGCAACGAGAAUAACGUCUUACUCGAUCCGGAAGUGUUGACCGACUUCUCCACGCAGACCUUGGUUCUGAUCAUGCUGGCCACUUUGGUGAAGUACUCCACCAACGAGAGCGCGAUACGGAUUCUCUACGAGUACCUGGCGGAAGCAACUAUAGUUUUUCCAAAAGUCUUUCCAGUCGUACACAACUUGCUCGACGCGAAGAUCAACAGCGUAUUGUCUUCCUGCCACGACCAAACGAUAUUGAACGCGGUUCAAACUAUUAUACAAAAUAUGAUAGCUUGCGAGGACACGAAUCAGCAGCACCACUUGCAGCACUAUCUGCAAAGCUGCGGCUUUCGCGGUCUUUGGAGGUUCGCGGGACCUUUUACGAAUAUGUGCUUACAGUCCAGUUGUACGCCUGAGAGUGCCGAAUUAUUUGCGAGUUGUUUAAUGGCGAUGGUAGAAAUGUGCGAUGGUAGAAAUGUGCACGACGCGCAGGAGUCGAAUAUCAAAGAGACGGCUGGCGGAAGAGGAGGCAAACCCACCGGCGGCUGUCAACCGGACUUUGCGUCAAAAGCAAGACCACCCGCAGCUGUAACUGGCCACGAACACACUCGCGUGUCAUCGAAGCUCGACGCUUCCUCCGUUUAUGUAGAUUCUAAUACGAAUAGCAAACGAGACGACUCGAUUGACGCGCAUCAGACUGAGGACAAGGGUGGCGGUGAUGGCGGCGGUACGCAGACCUAGCAAUUAAUAUGUGAUACUGGCAGAAAAUGCGCUAGAAAUGCGCAGAUGGAGCAAAAUGGUCGAAAGUUGCAACGGCAGAUGAGAGUCCCAUGUUAUUUCUGCAAAAUGGCCAGUCAGAUUAGUACAAUGCCGUCCACGAUAACGAGUCUACAGAAAUGGAAGUCAACGAAAACUGCACUUCUGUAGAAUGUUAUUUUAUUUUUAGUAGCGAUAUAUGCGAUUAGCGACUUUGCAUUACGUUCCGAGACUGUUCUAUUAAUUAUGCAAAAUUUAUUGUUUCAGUUUAACUUGCUACGAGAUUCAAGUAUAUUGUUGACUCUUUCACACAAUGAAAUUGAGAAAUUUAUAUAGCGCAAAGUAUUUUAUCAUAAUUUCUCAAUUAUCGUUGUUAGAAAAUUUCCAGUGCGAUUAGUUUUGUCAAAAGAAAUUCAUUGAAUCAGCAACGAAUAUUGAAUAUGUUCGAUAUUUUCUCAGUAAUUACAUAUAAUUUAUUGACUAAUACUAAUUCUGCCAUGGUCGCAAUACAUAUAUAGAAUUAUUAAUAGCCCGCAGAGAACCAACGUGAGAAAUAGAUCAAAUUUAAUGCAUUGCUCGCAAUUUUUCGUGUCAGAAUUAUUAUCAUUUAAUGCAAUAUUAAGUAAUUCAAAUAUAAGCAAUUAUUCUAAGAGAAGAAAAUAAAGAUCAAUAAAUGCUUUUUACUAUUAAUUUUUACGGAAUAUUUGGAGUUCUAAUUAGAGAUUCUUAAAAACAUUGUGAUUAAACCUUAAAAAUUAUGUGAAGAAGAAGCUUCAACUUUUUCGCGCCGCAAUUAUUAUUCUACUUGUAAAUCUCUGUUGGUCCUCUAAGGUCUAAAAGUGAUUGCGCCAGGUCUAGUAGUGGUUAUGUUAGGCCUAAUAGUGAUUAUGCCAGGCCUAAUAAUGGUUACACUGGGAAACUUUUUACGCAAGAAUCGUUCCUUCUCUCGUAUGCCGUUGCGUAUAUAAGUUUCGAAGAUACAAGAUGAUCUGGACCAGAGUGACGCGCCUCUCGUCUCGAGGCGUUCGAAGCCUCAGGACGGAUUAUUUCUAGAGUCCUAUCAAGCAAAACACCAAUAUAUAAUUGUAUAUUGUCUACCACUUAUUAAAGUACAAAGCGAGACCAAGCGAUAUAUCUUCUCCAUACUGUAACGUAUGCCGGGACAUUUCAGUAACAAGGAGAAGGGAGCGAGUGAUAGAAGCGAAAUGUAAAACGACCCGCAGCGAUAGAUCCCGCGCCCGUGCUAGUAACAAUGAAUACCAAGUGCCGAGGAUCACGUUAAAAUACUAUUUUGACAUUUGUAUCGUGAAUAAUACUCGUCCCUUUAAUUUAAACUUCAUUUAUUUAUUUAGGUGAAUCUUCUUUAACGCCAUAGCGAGUGUAAUGUGUAUAAUAUGAGAUACGAGAAUGGGAAUGCGAAUCUAUGAUGUGGAAAAUGAUAUUUUUGUGCGGCUAUGUAAAGCGGAUAGCAGCUUUUCAAUGGCACUAGGGUGAAUGUUAGAAGUUUGAAAGAUGCGUUUGUACAUAGUGCAUCGUGUUUGUGCAAUGUUUGUAUAAACGCGACGAUUGUAUAAAUCCGUUGAUUUUUGUUCGUCUUUUCUAUUUUUAGAAAAAGCAGAGCGAUAAGCGGUUCUAGAAAAUCGUCGAUACAUUUCAAAAUUAACGAAGUGAAAUGAAUUUAUUCGAGUUUUACAUGUAGAGCUUUUUCUGAGCUUGUACUUAAGCUUAAGUCGAUGAGUUUACGUUUAAGACGGACAUGAGCUUUGAUUUUAUCGAAUGUUUGUAAUGCGCUAGUCAUGAUAAUUUAAAAAGCUCGAAAUAAUUUUUUUACAAUGUUUCUUAUAGAGUGCGUCUUUAUACAUGUGAAAUUUUUGUUACAAAGCUUGCCAAGACUGGCAACCACCAUGACGUGUAGUACGCUGAUGUUUGAAUUAAUAGUUUUAUCCGGUAUUGACAUAACGAUUCGUUGAUAAUUUGUUGACUUUACUCGCACAGUUCGGAAUUGUUAAGCGUAUCGGUAGCUGUCGUGUUGUCUUUUACCAAAGGUAUAAAUCGUCCCUAGGCUGCGUUAGGUAAGGCGAUUAAUUAAUUGCGUGUAAUCAAGAGAGAUAGACCGUAACUGCUUAAUAUGUAUGCAUCGGUUCUCGUGUUUUCACGAUAUUCAUAUUCCUAGAGUGUCUUAUCACGAUGGAUUUGUAAAUACCAGGUUUUAGCGUGUGAUGAUUGAACAACGAGUUCUACAUCGGUCUAGCGAGUACUUGCCUGCGUGUGUUUAGAAAAAUAAUUGUCUUUUUUUUUUUUAACAACACAAAUCAACGUUUUUCUCGUUUUUAAUACAAUUUAUAAGUUAUGGAAAAUAAAAGUCGUUCGUCUUUUUCGUUA